AUGGCCAGCAUCCUAGUAAGAGUUCAACCUCUGCCCACGACCUCGAAUUCCCCGAAGCUGGACAGGUCUUCCUCUUGCGGACUUGUCAAAUUUGUUCCACCCCACCACAGAAAUUGCUUCCGUCGGCCUUCCAUUACUUGUAAAUUAUACGGGAAUAAAGAUUAUGCAGUUCCAAGAAGAAAUGUGAUGGCCUUGAUCCUCGCAGGUUGCAUCCUCUCACGAGCUAAUAUAAACAAUAUUGCAUAUGCACAACCUGUUGGGUUCAGGGAAUACAUAGAUACCUUUGAUGGCUACUCAUUAAAAUACCCUCAGAACUGGAUCCAAGUACGUGGUGCUGGGGCCGACAUAUUCUUCAGGGAUCCUUACGUUCUUGAUGAAAAUCUCUCGGUGGAUAUAUCAUCACCUUCAUCCUCCAGUUACAAGAGCGUGGAAGAUUUGGGUUCACCGGAAGAAGCAGGAAAGAAAGUACUUAGGCAGUAUUUGACGGAGUUCAUGUCUACUAGACUUGGUGUUAGGCGUGAAUCAAGUAUUCUUUCUACCUCGUCAAGGGUAGCUAACGAUGGAAGGCUAUAUUAUGAAGUCGAGGUGAACAUAAAGUCAUACGCGAACAACAAUGAAUUGGCUGUCAUGCCACAGGAACGGGUGGCCCGUCUGGAAUGGGAUCGGCACUAUCUUUCAGUUCUUGGAGUUGAGAACAACCGAUUAUAUGAAUUAAGAAUACAGACACCUGAAAAAGUAUUUGUGGAAGAGGAAAGUGAUAUUCGCGAGGUUAUGGAUUCCUUUAGAGUAAAUAAGGUGUCUAUUUGA